AUGGGUCGUGUGAAAGACCACAGAUGUUUGUUUCUAAAGAACGUGCCGUACAACGCAACUGAAGAAGACAUCCGGAAGGUUUUCCGCAGAGCCGUCGCCAUUCGCUUUCCCGGGGGAGCCAAAGGACCGAGUCAGGGCAUCGCCUUCGUAGAGUUUAAAAACAAAGCAGUGGCAGAAGAAAUGCUUAAGAAAAAGCAAAAAGCUCAGCUUCAAGGUCGCGACUUGAUAGUGGCUCGAGUCCAACGGCGAGCUGUCACCAACGCAGACAGUAAAAAAGCCAAGGGUUGUUCAGUCAAAGGGACAACUCUGUUCGUUUCCGGCCUGACUGACGAGACGACUGCAGAGACGCUUCAGGCGGCGUUUGACGGAGCCGUUGCUGCAAGAGUGGCCGUGGAUAAAAACACAGGAGCUUCCAAAAGGUUUGGUUUUGUGGAGUUUGACAGCGAGGAGAGCUGCAGAGCCGCCAAAGACGACAUGGAGGACUGCGAGAUCGAUGGCAGCAAAGUCACUGUAACGUAUGCGGUGUCCAAGGAAGAAGGUUCGGCUCGGCCGCCUAGUGGUGAAAAACUGCAGGGUGAAAGACGUCGUCAUGCUGCUGAAGUCAUCAAGUUAAGAAGCUAAUGUUGUCUCAGGAGAUUCUAAUGAUGUUCCUUCGUUAUUUAAGACCUUCUCCCAGUAACACCUUUAAGCUGCUUUAGGAAAAAUGUCACAUUUUCUGAACAGAUCUGGUUUGGAUUGUAAAGUUUUCCAUCCCUGAAGGUUUACCAACAAAGAUGUCCUCAAUAUAUUAUAAGAUUAUGUUUUGUACUGAUGAGAAAAAUGUCUUUAAAUCCAAAUAUGCAUUUUUUUUUAAAGUUUUUUUGUGAAACUUUAAUAAAGUCUAGUAA